AGGACCUGGUGACCCAAAAGCACGCACAAAACAAAACUCGCCUGUUCAUUUCAUGAGCGCGCGAGAGCAGAACCUCCUCCUGAGUAUUUCCCAAGAAAGCCUUCAAAUCAAACAAUGACAAUCACAGAACUGCUUCACGUGUAGUUGGCGAUGAUAGAAUUAGAAAUUGCUUUUUUCAUAGAUAACGCUCCUGUGUUACUUACACGAAUAAACACCAUCAGCAAGCUGUAACGGAAAAACUCGCAUUGUUUUGAAGAUCUUGAGUGUGUUACAAGCACAGCUGCCAAACAACUGGCGCGUGGUAGUCAAACAACUUCAUCAACUGCCGAGUCGGACUCAUCGGCCCAAAUAGAUUUCAAUUUCAUACACAUCGCUUUGGUCUUGGUCGUGUAUUUUUUUAGUGUACUACCUGUAACUGUGAUUUCAUCAUGGACGUGCAGCGAAAGCAAAUCGACUCCUUCACGUUAACCGUGAAGAAGGCAUCUCGCGAGGAUACGUCUGGUCCGUGGACCACUUGGACAUGCGAACGCUUCAGUUUUGGUGUGGUCGCAACAAUCAGUGGCGAAAUUCCGAACGAGCAGGUGGAAAAGGCACGGAUUGAUAUUAAAACGGUGCGCCCUUCCAAGUGGAACUUCGACCAAGGGAAAGCAACGGCUCUUUCCGGUGACACGGCACUCAUACUUCCGGCUCCAUUUCUACCUCUUGACACGGCAGCCAGGUUUGGUGUUUAUCCUCAACCAGGAGGGUCGCCAGCGGAUGACAACGAGCAGGUAGCGUCAUACGAGACAAGUGACGGGAAGUAUCUCAUGUGUAUUGCUAUCAAGUACCACGGGGACAACUGUCGCAGCAUCGCUUCGAAUGCAGUCGCUUGUUUGUUGGAAGCAACACUGACACCAAAACGGCAGCAGGACCCGCGCCAGCAAAGAGCUGCUCCAACGGCAACGAAAGAGCCGGAAAAUAAAAAAUCAAAUCGCAACUCCGUUGCAAGGACGCCUGCUGAAACGCCAUACGAGGUGUGUUCGGCCCUCGCCGAUGGAUUUGAUUUGAGUUUCUUGGCCCUGUUUGGGGCCCUCGUGAUCACCUUGCGCUUGUCAAAUUCGAUGAGCGUGCUCUUUGACAAGGCCGGCUGGGAAUCCUCAUGGCUCUCGCAAAACUGCCGGAAGUGCAGCUCCCGGAAAGAAGUGCAGCUGCCGGGCUUUUUCACUGCGACAAAACGACUAUUGGAGCAAAUGGCGUGUCAGUUGCAAACAGAAGCGACCAGCAAUUUUUUGCGCGCCUACACCAUGACGAUGGCAGAGUGCUUGCUCCUGCGAAAAUCUAAAUUGUCGCCGAUUGUGUUUCCACUUGACGUAGCGCCGACAAGCGUCUUCGCUAGCUGUUUUCCGGACCGGCUCGCCUGGGUUGUGGAUGUGAUGAAGUAUCUGACGCACGUCGAAAUUUUCUCCAUCGUCGGACCGUUUUCUUCAGAUCCAGAUGACGUACGGGAAAGGUUGCUGGCGAUGCUUUUCGAUGUGUCCUUUUGGACAGGCGCCGCCACGAGUAGGCUGACCGAACAAGCGGACAACAAAGACUCUCGACCCAACCUCUUCUAUGCGGUGCUUGACCAGUACAACGGACACGGAGCACCAUGGCAAGCAAAGAGCUGGGAGGAACGGAUGCUCGAACAACUUCCAGCUCCGGCAGAGAUGAAAAGGGCCCUCGUUUUUUUUGGCACAUCGCACAAAAUUAUUUUUGAAGGGCUGCUCCGUCCGAUGCUUGAAAUCAUGCGGAACGGCCGCGUGCCAUUUGGAAAGCCCUUCGAGGCGCGCGAGCAGUGGCUGAAGCGUCUCAUACGGUGCCUGCAAAUACUGAGGGCUACAGCCGAGGAGUCCUCGAACAUGUCGCUGCGGAGGUGGGUACACACACUCGAGACGGACGCAAUGUCGGCAGUCUUACCCGGGAACAGUCGGUGUGUGUUUCUGUGUACCGUGGGACAGUCGGUAUUUAUUGGUCUGUCUACCAAGGGCUGUGCAGAUCUUGCGAAUCUGGACUCUAUGCUCAGCAAGUGGUGUACACAAGAUGGCACUGCGCCGGAGACUCAAGACGACUUUUCUGGUGGGUUUCGACCAGACGAAAUGGUGCGCGCGAUGCGCAACCCGGGCACGCAACUUUGGAGUAAGCCUAUUGCCACAAAAUACUUAUGGUUUCAGCAGGCGGUUCUGAAGUGCAGUGCCACACCCUCGAUUAAAGGCCUGAACUGGAUGUGGUCUGUGGAUGACAUCGCGAAGUGUAUUUGUAGUGUCAACUUCGUGUAUUGUGCGAAACAGGGGAUCGACGUGCCUCGUCGUGGAGUUCGCAACGACCCUCCUGCAAGCGGCAGAUGCGAGCGGGUGAACGACCCAGCGCAAACACCACGGCUUCCUGCAACACCACUUGAGAUGGUAGAUGCGCUUCGCAAAGACGUGCGCACAGUUCCGUGGCUACAAGACGGCGGCGAUUUCGAUUCCGAUUUGUCACGACCACUGGACUUGGUUGAGGCGCUGCUACGUCCCGCGAAAUUUCUUUACCCGCAUUCGCUGUCAGGACGGUUGGACUGGAUCACCGCGUUCAAAGCUGUGGGAUCCUCGUGCAAAUUCGCACUUGCGGACGUGGAGGCGUGCGCUUGCAAGCCGGAAUUUGUGUGCGGAACUGGUGCCGGGGCCCGGAUGACGCGCAGCCAAUUGAGUAUGCUCGACGAGAGGGUGCGAGACUGGUUGCAAAGCAUUGGGUACAAUUUUCUCUACACGGACAAGUUUCUUCCGUUGAUUGACGAUGCCCGCGAGAAGCUCCGGGUGCAUUUCACACCAAAGGCGCCGGGCAGCGCUUCCGCAGAAGAUGCCGGAUUGGCUGCGUCGCUCGGUUCGACGAAUGAGCGGCUGGACCGUUUGGAACGAACGGUAGCUGAAAAAAUGGACAACUUGACGAAUGUGUUCGAGAAAGUUUUGGCGCAACAGGCCAUGCUGUGCGAACUUUUCGCUGCGCAGCAAAAGGGAGAUCAGGGAACCUGGAAAGGUGCUGUCGUGCCCAGUCUCAACUUGAAGAACGUGCCAGGAACGCCCACCAUCCAUCCGCCCAUGAAAUUCGACAUCGCCACGCCGGGACGAGCCAACUCGGCCUGCGGCAACGACGACGACGAAGCGUGCAAAAGCGCCUCGGACUCCUCUGAAGCGGUUUUGCUUUCGGACGGCGGCCUCCAAAUCGAGGAGAUUCAGUUUGAUGCGCUGGAAGGGGAAAACGAGAAGACAGCUGUUGCAUCCACCGACGAAGGAAGUACGAGACAGCACGCGGACUCUGUAGUAAAUGCAGCUCCUUCCGCUCUCUCGUCCGCACGCAGCGCUCCUGCAUCAACCACACUGAUGGCAUUAUCAAUGCGGACCCCGACCAAGAAAAUCAAAAUGCCGGCUGUGGCUUCUGCACCCGCAAGCAAGAAUACCGGGGUGACGCGGCCGGCCAUAGUUGCUUCUGCACUUCUUGAUCCAUCCGAAAAAUCCGACGCGGACGAGUACGAAGCUGCGGUAUCAAAAGCGGAAUCUGCGAAAAACGAAGCCUCGCCUGACGGGGAACAAAAUGGAGUCGCGUUUAACGCCGAGGAUGAGGACGAUGCUGACGACGUCGAGGAAGACGCUGAUGAAGAAGACAGUUCGCUGGACAGCUCACGCUUACCGUUGCGCAGUUAUCGGUCCUACCAGUAUCUGUCCACGCCGGACUCCGUUCGGUAUUCCGUGAACUCCGAGCACGAGGGCAUGCGCACCAUUCACCUGAAAGGGUUCAACAAACCGGUCUUGCGGUGCGAAAUGGAGUACGUCGUGAACAAAGUCGUGCAAGCGUUGUUCCAGGCACGCGGCCUCGCUGCCACAUCCCCAUACCUCUGGGUUGAGAAAAAUGGCGAAAUCCUUUCUGAAGAUCAGGAGCAAAGCAAUUUCAUUGUGAACCCCGCCGGAGACACCAGCACGGCGGUCGUCGCAAAUGAGCGCGCCGCUGAGAUGAAAAAUGUUGGAGGACUGCAGACACAAGGGACGAGCACUUUUACGAACAUCAGCAGCUCUUGUUGUACUGGUAUUAGUACACGACAAGCGACAACAAAGGUUGUGCAGUGGAAAACUUUGCGAAUCGGAAAUGAGUCGGAACAUGUUGACUUGAAGAUCGAGUUUGUGUUCGAGUUCGGCGAAAAAGACGCGUUUUGCUGCUGCGUCGUCGCGCCGGACAUCGCCACAAAAAACCAGAUCGAGGUGAAAUUCUUCCCGGACACCUCCGGCAGUGCGCGCAAGGUCGAGAUCGAUAUCCUUGAUCUGUUCAGGGACUGCUCAGCGAAGGUGGAGGUGGCAGCCGGCGAAACUACAGAAGAUGGCGCACUCCUUAUUUCCUUGCGUGACGAAGUUCUCGCUGCCGCGAAAGCGAAGAGGCAGGGGCAGCAGCAGCAAGUACCGCAGCAAUGCCAAAGUCCUGCUCUUAAUUAUUCCGGUGAGAAAGUGAUUUUCACUGCGAAGCGCAACAAAGACCUUGUGCAAAAGAUUUUCCAAGUCGUCUUCCGGGCCCUCAGGGGAGAAGACAAGGCUCAGCGCCGUGCGGAAUUCCUCGGCAGUUUCUUUCAGGAACUGUGGUGCAGGAAUUUUCUUGCCGGAGCAGGUGACGAUACGGAAAAAGAGAAGAAGCUGGACGCAAUGGAACUGGUUUUCUGCCGGUCUCGGUUGCAAACGGUCACCCUUGAGUUUGACAACGUUGCCGACGAUUUUCCUUCGAAAAUGGCCUACUCUCUGCCGAACCUGAAACUCGCUAACGACAUCAUGUGAUUAUGAAGUUAAUGAAGUAAAAAAAUAAAUUGUCUCGAGUAUGGAGUUUCUGUUUCUCAAGAACCGCCCACACCUAGUUGUGGAGACUAAAUUCAUAUUCAAAUAACUUGAAUUUUGUGAAAAAGUAAAAGAGCGGCCUGCUCGUUUUGUCUUUUAGCCUGUGGUCUUCGCUAUUGGGCCCUAUUGAUUUAUCAACAUCAAUGUAGUUGGAGUGCUAAUUUAUUAGUAUUGGUUCAGGUUUCUAUAUCUCUUUGUCGUGGCCGGCAACUCAUUGCAGCCACGACGAGAACUACACAGCCAGUUUCUGUUUCCCUCAUGUUUUCCAGUACUUGAUCAAUUUGAACUCAAAGUUGUUCCUUGUUUUGCCAAAUAUGGAUGUGAAUAUGUCAAAGUCAAAUAGUUCCCAUUGUAUAUACACAGGUAGGCGAUGUAUGCCAUACGAAUACAACGAGAGGUCGCGAUUUUGUUGCGUGCGCUCGUCUCCAGUCUCGUGAUUCAUGUUGCAGAUAAUCUAGACAAAUAGGUCAUAUAAAUUUGUAUUGGAUUGAUCGAUGUAUAUAAAAGUAGGCUCAUCUUUUUAAGUCAGUCAAAAACCAAAACGUCAUGACUUAGCAUCAGCAAUAUCAUUGCAGCCAAGAACAAAAACAAAAUAAAAUAAAAAAACGAAAAUGAGCGGCA